UCUUCUAAAAAUGAUCAAAUCAGGCAACCAAAUACAUUUCUAAAUUGGACUUUAUUGAAUACGGUUUAUUUUGAACAUUCAGGGAUGCAUCAUAUUUAGCAGACAUGUGAGACAGCUGGUUGGAUUUUCCCCAUCUUACAGCACCUCGCAGGUCCCUUCUCUGAGCAGUACGUUGCCUGAGUGAGUAGAAACACAGAGAUCAGCUGCAGGUUUUUAUCUUCAAUAACAGAUACAGAGGGAAAGGGAAAAGGGUUGGAAAAGGAGAGACAAAUAUUGACUUGGCCUUAUAGAAAGACAUCCAGUGACUGAAUAAAGAAGCCCUGUUCAUGUUUUGGGAUAUUCUUUCAACUGGCUGGAACCAGAGUCGAUCAAAAGAAUGGGAAAUGCCAGCAGACCCUUUAGAAGAAUUGCUUAUUUCCUAUGCCUUUUUUGUAUGCUUUUGCUGACUGAAGGGAAGAAAUCAGUGAAGCCAAAAUGUCCUGCCUGGUGUACUUGUACCAAAGAUAAUGCUUUAUGUGAAAAUGCCAGAUCUAUUCCAACCAGCGUUCCGCCUGAUGUUAUCUCACUAUCCUUUGUGAGAUCUGCUUUUACUAAAAUCCCAGAAGGGAGUUUUUUGCUCACACCGUCUCUGCAGCUUCUGUUAUUUACAUCAAACUCUUUUGAUGUUAUUAGCGAUGAUGCUUUCAUGGGCCUUCCUCAUCUAGAAUAUUUGUUCAUAGAGAACAACAGCAUUAAGUCAAUUUCAAGAAAUACUUUUCGAGGACUGAAAUCUUUAAUUCACCUGAGCCUUGCAAACAAUAAUCUCCAAACACUUCCAAAAGACAUAUUCAAAGGGCUGGAUUCUUUAACAAACGUGGAUCUUAGAGGGAACACAUUUAAUUGUGACUGCAAACUGAAAUGGUUAGUGGAAUGGCUGGGCAGCACCAAUGCAACAGUUGAAGACAUUUAUUGCGAAAGUCCACCAGAAUAUAAGAAACGUAAAAUCAAUAGCCUAUCACCAAAGGAAUUUGAUUGUAUUAUUACAGAAUUUGCUGUUUAUGAAUCCCUGCCAUAUCAGUCUCUGUCAGUAGAUACUUUCUCCUACAUGAAUGAUGAGCAUGUGGUUAUUGCCCAACCUUUUACUGGAAAAUGCAUCUUUCUUGAAUGGGACCAUGUAGAAGGGUCUUUCAGGAAUUAUGACAACAUUACAGGUACUUCAACUGUUGUGUGUAAGCCCAUAAUUAUUGAGACUCAGCUGUAUGUCAUUGUUGCCCAGCUCUUUGGAGGCUCCCAUAUUUACAAAAGAGAUAUUUUUGCUAAUAAGUUUAUAAAAAUUCAAGAUAUCGAAAUUCUUAAAAUCCGAAAACCCAAUGACAUUGAAACUUUCAGGAUAGCAGAAGACUGGUAUUUUGUUGUUGCAGACAGUUCAAAAGCUGGCUUUACCACGGUUUACAAAUGGAAUGGAAACGGAUUUUACUCCCAUCAGUCUCUGCAUGCGUGGUACAGAGAUACUGAUGUGGAGUAUCUUGAAAUAGCAGGCAAACCUCAUUUAAUUCUGUCUAGUAGUUCCCAAAGACCUGUAAUAUACCAAUGGAACAAAGGAACAACUGAAUUUGUUAAGCGUCUCGAUAUCCAAGAUAUGGAGGAUGUGUAUGCAGUGAAACACUUCAGAGUGAAAGAGGAUGUGUACAUUUGUUUAACAAGAUUUAUUGGUGAUUCCAAAGUAAUGAAAUGGGGAGGUUCAGCAUUUCUGGAUUUACAAAGAAUGCCAUCCCGAGGGUCAAUGGUAUUCCAGCCUCUUCAGAUAAACAGUUAUCAAUAUGCCAUUCUUGGAAGUGAUUAUUCUUUUACUCAAGUCUAUUAUUGGGAUACUGAAAAAGCAAAAUUUGUGAAGUUUCAAGAAUUAAACAUACAGGCACCAAGAUCUUUCACACACGUUUCCAUUGAUAAACGCAAUUUUCUCUUUGCUUCAAGUUUUAAGGGAACUACAUUAAUUUAUAAACAUGUCAUAGUUGACUUAAGUGCAUGACACUCAUAAUUCUGAGAUUACAUCAGACUUUCUACCGUAAGUGGACAAAAUGAACUAAAUGCAUGAUGACUCUUAUCCUACUUCCAGAUGAAUGCCUUUAAAAGUUGAGAUUGCUAGAACAAAGUAUUACUAGUAUCUUCAUCUUUAAUUGUCAAGUCUAGUGGUGUUGGAAGUUGCAUUUUUUAACAAAAAGAAAUUAAAUUGUUAACUGUUCUUUGCAUCCACAAUAUGUAAAUAUGCGUGCAACUGCAUCUGUUGCUAAAAGUAUUAAGAUGUACUUUCCCAUUUAUUUAUUCACCUGUUUGACAACAACUGCCAAAUAAAAUGUUUACAUUUUCUGUCUUUCA